UGUUUAUUAUUACACUUUACCAUGAAGUUAGCUAGGGUUAAUCCAGAUCCUGGCAUACAUAAGUAUAAUUCAGUGUUUUCAGAUAUGUCAAAUCUACAACAAUGUGUCAAUAGUGUAUUGAAAAAUAUUUUGAAUGUAUUGUAAUUAAAUUAGUAUGGCAAACCAUUAUGAGGUGCCUAGUUGGGCUGGAAAACCCCCCAUCGGGUUACACUUGGAUGUAUUAAAAGGAGACAAGCUUAUACAAAAGUUAAUGAUUGAUGAAAAGAAAUGUUAUCUAUUUGGUAGAAAUGCACAGAUGAAUGAUUUUUGUAUAGAUCAUGCAUCAUGUUCCCGUGUGCACUCAACACUUGUUUAUCACAAGCACCUGAACAGAGCAUUUUUAGUGGAUCUAGGAAGCACUCAUGGUACCUUCAUUGGAUCUCUUAGAUUGGAAGCAUAUAAACCAACCCAGUUGCCAAUAGAUUCUGGUUUUCAUUUUGGUGCUUCCACAAGAAAUUAUAUUUUAAGAGAAAGACCACAGGCUGGCAUUCGUCCAAUUAUAGAUGAAAUUGAGAAAGCUGGAGAAGAAACAGAAGGAGGUUUAUUGGGUUUGCCGGAAACAGAAACAGAGUUAGAUAACCUGACGGAAUUUAAUACCGCCCAUAACAGACGAAUUUCUAUGCUGGGCAUUUCUGAUGAUACGGAGAAACGAAACAGUAAUAGGAAGCGUAAACGACGAGGAGUGUCGUUCAAUGAAGAUGAGGAAAUAAUUAAUCCAGAAGAUAUCGAUCCGUCGGUUGGACGUUUUAGGAAUUUGAUACAAACCACUGUAGUACCAACGACCCAAAAGCGACAAAAAUUGACGGAAGCGAUAGGCAUUCCCAGUUCCGAUUUCAAAAUGCCAAAAACCAUUCACCCUACGAUUCCUCAAUUAUACCAAGAUUUACCACCGGAGAAUAACACUACCGUAGCGAAUGCCGGCAUUUAUAGCUCGCUGAGUUCAAGACUUGGUAUGCUUUUGCCAAACCCUGCACCUGACGUUGAAAUGGAACCAAGCUUUGUACCUCCAACUCCAUUUAUCCCACCACAGCAGCAAGCUAAUGAAAGUCUUGAACCCAAGAAAAAGAAGUACGCGAAAGAAGCGUGGCCGGGUAAGAAGCCGGCUCCUGCUCUGCUUGUUUAACGAUUUUGAUGAGAUAUUUUUUAUGUACUUUUGCUAAAAAUCAUAAAUAUUUUUUUUAUUGAUAUG